UUGCUUUUGAUUCUUUCUAGGAGACACAGACUGAGGGGAAAAUAACGGGGGUCCAUUUAAAAUGACACGUACGGACCCUCCUGACAUAUUAACAUCAACUUUGUAUGAAGACAUAAAUAUUGGCCCUAACUCUGGGCUCUCAAAGUAUUCUGGAUCUUCGAAGCAAUGUGAUUCACAAAUGGUUGGCCCACUGGAUCAAAACUUCGAAACAAUUAACAAAAGACAUUGCCGAAGCUUUGACUUCAUCGAGUCACUGGAUGACCCAAAGGACAUUUCAUCGUCCAUGGAGUAUCCUUACAGGUCUGAACAGCAACCAGUAAAUAAGGAUGCAGUCUGGAAUGGCAUUGGGCAGCAGGGACACCUACGUUUUUCCUCACCAGAUCUGUUCAACUCGAGACUGUCCCAUCAAAUCAGUACAGACAAAAGCAAUGAGACAGCAAGGGCUAGUGUUCAUGGCAAGCCUCGCUCAAAAAGUACACCUAGAGUUCGAGCCACCCUAACCCCAGUACCCAUCACAGUUUCUCCUCCUGCAACCACAAGGCGUCGAUCUCCAGUGGACCCUCAAAAAAGAAUAGAAGGUUUGCCAAACCGAGAAGCCUCCCACUCAAGCAGGGCUUUAGUUAAUGAGGUUCAUCCGAUAAAGUUACAACCACACACACCCCUCUAUGUUUCUGAUUGUUUUGAGGAAAACAGACAAGAAAAACAAGCUAACACUCCCCAUGUCAGGUGUCGUGUUGAUAUUAAGCCAGAUGCCUCAGUUCUCCAGCACACAGCACGGAAGAUACCUACUCAAAGAGGUAAUGUUCCCUGGCAGCUUUCCUCAACAUCAUCAAUCAGAAAUGUCUCAUUUCCAAGUCAGACAUCCACUUCAAGAACACCAACCCCUAGUGAGUGUUACAACAUGGACUACAGGCAAGCAUAUCAGUAUCCCAACAGCUUGUCAAGUAGUUACAUUCAUUCUGGUGAGAUCCCUUUUGGAAGGACCUCUCCUAGAGAUCCAAGGGAGUACAGAACAUUGUCUAAUCCUAACAUCCCUACCAAGUUCUUUUACACAGAUGAUCCCUGCAGGUAUCCCAUUCAGCCACCUAGGACUUAUUAUCAGGAUGACCAGUACAGUGUUAUCAGCAGUACCAGCCAAAAUCCCUCUGUCAGUAGUCAGUAUGUACUUGACCCAAGAACUCGCUGGGUUCAUACUUUACCUGUGCGUUCGUACUAUGCAGAUUCCCAUCGGGAACCCUUGGAUCCAUUUUAUGGUAGACCAUAUUCAGUGAGUGAGCCAGGACCAUACUUCAUAUCCACCCCUCAGAGUGAAACAUACUUUCAGGAUGACCCAAGAACAUAUGGAUUUCCCUCUGAUCCAUCAAAAAUGUUCUAUACACGGCCUUGCCAUUACCCAGCAGAAGUACACAUUCCUAUGAGAGGAUAUCAUACAGAGGGACGACGGCGACCACAUAUGUCUCAGGUCUUUUCAGAUGACUUGCACCGGUCAAGCAUUGCUACAUAUUCUAGCCAGUAUGCAUCCUCACAGGCCACUCCUCAGAGGGCACCGUCAAUAAGUUCUUGGUAUCCCAAUGACUUUACCGAGCCAAGUCGCUUAGGAACAGAUAUCCGGAAUUUCUCUAAAUCCUGGGACAACAUUCUCACUCCUCAUAUGGACAGAGAAAUUGGUGUUUCACGAGGCAGGAGUUACGAGAACCUUCUCCAUCAUGGAAGAUCAGGAGUUCCUUCAAAUGACAGUCAACAGCCAGUUAUUGUGAAUCUGUCUAGUUCGCCAAGACGUUAUGCUGCAUUGUCCCUCUCUGAAAAUUGUCUCGAAAAGUGUGCUGGUGAUAGACAAAAUAGUGCAAGAGGGCAAUGGUUUGUAACCCCAGAGAUUACUAUAACUGACAAUGACAUCCGUGCAGCAAACAGCAACAAGAGAAAUGGGGGAACAAGCAGCUGGAAAACAGGCUCAAAUACAGGCCAAUGCCAAACAGACAACUUGCAUAACUUACAGAGACCAGCAAACCCAUCAGAAUCCACAGAGAGGAAGAACAAUAAUUACUCCCUGCAGCAAAGCCUCGAACAGCUUGAUGAGCUGCUAGCCGACCUAGUCAUUGAUUACAAACCUCAAAAUAGCAGGAGACCAAGCAAGGAUCUUAUAGACCAACUCAAACUAUUGAUUCAAGAUGAUGAGACCAAAGAAAGCAAAAGGGAAAUGGACCAAGAUGAUUCCGGACUUUUGAACACACAAACUGACUCAUCAAAGACUAGCCCGGAUACAUUCAAAGAUCAAGAUAGUGGUUGUGAGGGUUUUCCUCGUUGUGUUGAAGAAAUUCCUUUGAACCAUAUUGCAGAGGAGGAUGACACUAUGGUGUGCUCCAACAAAAAAUGCUUACGUAAAGACACUACAUUUAAUGCCUCCUUGUACUUCAAGUCCUGCCACAGCUGUUAUACUUACUACUGUUCUAGAAACUGUAGACGGGAAGACUGGGACACACAUAAAGAGAACUGUCUUUAUGGCCGGAUCAGUAGUGUUUGUAGGCACAUACUAAAACACUGUCGAGAGGAUUUGGAUAUUCAUAAAGCAUUCUCACGCAUUGCCAGAGUAGGGUAUCUGUCCCGCGGGAGAGGCGUUCUCUUCCUGGGUUUUCCAAACCCUGGGUGUGCGGAUAACUUUCUUCAAGUUGGUCUUGACAGCCUAACCAUCUCUCCAACAUAUUUGUCCCUUCGAGAGUUAGACAGUUUCAAAGACAACCUAGGGCCAUACUGCAAAGAAUUGCAGAAUGCAGGCAAGGAAUAUGACCCUACUGAAUGUUUCCUACUGAAUGUAUCCAUUGCUGUCGGAGACCUAGUGCCUAAACUUCCUUCACCUAAAUUACAAAUGCCAACAGUUCGCAAGUAUGCGAAGGUCUCAUUGGCCUCCUCAAGCCCAGAUAAGAAAAUCUUCAAGAAAGAAUGUGAAAUGGAGACUCUGAUUCUCACUCCUCCUCCAGGAACAUCUGACAUAGACAAGGAUGGCCAAGAGGGCAGGAAAGCACGAGAGAUUUGCUUCAUUAAUAUCCAAAGGGAGCUUCGAACCAGAGGUGUAUUUCUUCGUCAUGAGUUCCCACAAAUCUACAACCAGCUUUGCGAGUUUGUUGAGAGCAACAAAAGGUUCACCCCCACCACCAUUUAUCCCAUUGACAAGAGAACUGGGAAACAGUUCAUGUGUAUGAUCAUGGCAGCGUCUGAACCAAGGAUGCUAGAUUGGUGAGGAUCUAACAACUAGGAACCAUUGGAGAACCUCUGGAGAAAGUCUCAUUUUCUCUUGCAAUACAAUAGCGUCUAAAAGUCAUUGUCUUUAGCCCCUUGAGAGGAUAAAAUGCACUUGCAUGGAGAAUGCAUGCUGGCAAGGAAAAUGCAAAUUCACCUAACAAUUUGCAAUGAUUUUUCAUUUCAUCAAAAUAAAUAAUAUUCACUAAUUAUGAUCAGUAUGGCAGAAAAGCAAACACGUCAGGUACAUUUUUUAUAGUCAAAUAAACUGCUUGGAAAGUUUCUCUGUAUUGUACAUGGCAACUGCUUUCUGUAUUGUAUUCAUGAGGCACUAUAUCUAUUCAUAUGGUUAAAUCAGCUGGAAUUGUUAACAACUAAUUUUACAUGACAGAAAAUCCUUUGAGUUAAGCAUAUGCAAAGUAAGAUACUAAUUUAUUCAUUUGACAUGAUCAUUUUUGUUCAUUUUUCAUGGUUCUGUAAAGUUUUAAUCUUAUGUGUUUCUAUUGAAACAUCUAUUGAACUAUAUCUGUUAAAACUGAUGAACAUGUAUAUAAAAUAUGCUAUUGAUAUUUUAAUCUUUAUAAUGUCUGACAAAACUUAGAGGCCUAUAUUUGAAAUGUACUAUUUAAAUAUAAAAUAUAAAAUUAGUAAAAAAAAAAAAAAACGAUCUAAGCAACGUGUAUAACACUGCUGUAAGCAAGAUUGUGUUAGAUAUAGCACUUUACUAAACUGCUGAGGGAAAACAUAUUAAAAAACAAACCGUUUAGAUAAUGUUAUCAACAGCAUGCACACUCUUUACCGCAACAACCAGUUUCUUUCUGUAUUUUUGUCAUUUUUAUGCCAUUAUUUAUUGAUUGAUUUAUUUAUCCAGUUCAUCACUUGUGUUCUGUUGGAAAGUGCUGCUUUUUUCUGUACUAUGGUCAAUAAAUUAAACACCCAAAAUUCC